CUCAGGGCCAACUUCCUGCCUCCGUAUUGGCCCGCAUGCCCGUCAGUCUCCGCCUAUGGGGCUUUGCCGGGCGUCCUCGCGACCCCUCUGCCCUCGGAUCCCACCCUCUCACUACGUUGUUUUACUGGCUGCCUCCGCCAGUGACUGGCUGCUCCUGCUAGUACGAUCCUGAGCUAGUGCUGGCUCCGGGAAGCUCCAGCGAGGGGAGGGCCGGGCCGGGCAGGAGCUGAUCAUUGCCUGGUUGAUCGGCAGGUCCUUGGCUUCUUUGCCAGCAGCACCACCUGUCGCGGAGCGAGACGUGGGGUGAGAGAGAAGAUGCUGUCACGGUUAAGGGUAGUUGCCGCUCCGUGUACCCUGGCAUGCCGUCGUGUCCACACCAAAGAGAAAGGCAAGCCGCUCAUGUUGAACCCCAGAACAAACAAGGGAAUGGCAUUUACAUUACAAGAACGACAAAUGCUUGGUCUUCAAGGACUUCUACCUCCCAAAAUAGAGACACAAGAUAUUCAAGCCUUACGAUUCCAUAAAAAUGUGAAAAAAUUAAGUUGCCCUUUGGAAAAAUACAUCUAUAUAAUGGGAAUACAAGAAAGAAAUGAGAAAUUGUUUUAUAGAAUACUGCAAGAUGAUAUUGAAAAUCUGUUGCCAAUUGUAUAUACACCAACAGUUGGUCUUGCCUGCUCCCAGUAUGGACAUAUCUUUAGAAGACCUAAGGGAUUAUUUAUUUCAAUCUCAGACAGAGGUCAUGUUAGAUCAAUUGUGGAUAACUGGCCAGAAAAUCAUGUUAAGGCUGUUGUGGUGACUGACGGAGAGAGGAUUCUGGGUCUUGGAGAUCUGGGCGUCUACGGGAUGGGGAUCCCAGUAGGCAAGCUUUGUUUGUACACAGCUUGUGCAGGAAUACGGCCCGAUCGAUGCCUGCCCGUGUGUAUCGACGUGGGGACGGACAAUCCAGCACUGUUAAAAGAUCCAUUUUACAUGGGCUUAUAUCAGAAAAGAGAUCGAUCGCAACGUUACGAUGAUCUGAUUGAUGAGUUUAUGAAAGCCAUUACUGACAGAUAUGGACGGAACACACUUAUUCAGUUUGAAGACUUUGGAAAUCAUAAUGCAUUCAGGUUCUUGAGAAAAUAUCGAGAAAAAUACUGUACCUUCAAUGAUGAUAUUCAAGGGACAGCUGCAGUAGCUCUAGCAGGUCUUCUUGCAGCACAAAAAGUUAUUGGUAAAUCAAUCUCAGAACACAAAAUCUUAUUUCUUGGUGCAGGAGAGGCUGCUCUUGGAAUUGCAAAUCUUAUAGUUAUGGCUAUGGUAGAAAAUGGCAUCUCAGAAGAAGAGGCACAAAAGAAAAUUUGGAUGGUUGACAAGUUUGGUUUAUUGUUUAAGGGGCGGAAAGCUAAAGUAGAGAGUCAUCAAGAACCAUAUGCUCACUCCGCCCCAGAGAACAUACCUGAUACUUUUGAAGAUGCAGUAAAUAUACUUAAACCUUCAGCUAUAAUUGGAGUUGCGGGAGCUGGCCGACUGUUUACUUCUGGAGUAAUCAAAGCCAUGGCUGAUAUUAAUGAAAGGCCUAUCAUAUUUGCAUUAAGUAAUCCUACAGCAAAGGCUGAGUGCACAGCUGAAGAAGCAUACACACUCACACAGGGAAGGUGUUUGUUUGCCAGCGGCAGUCCGUUUGGGCCGGUGAAACUAAAUGACGGGCGACUGUUUACGCCAGGUCAAGGAAACAAUGUAUAUAUUUUUCCAGGUGUAGCUUUAGCUGUUAUUCUCUGUAACACCCGGCAUAUAAGUGACCAUGUUUUCCUAGAAGCUGCAAAGGCACUGACAAAUCAGUUGACGGAUAAAGAGCUAGCUCAAGGGAGACUUUACCCACCUCUUGCUAAUAUUCAGGAAGUUUCUAUUAACAUUGCUAUUAAAGUUACAGAAUACCUGUAUGCUAAUAAAAUGGCUUUCCGAUACCCAGAACCUGAGGACAAGGCCAAGUAUGUUAAAGAAAGAAUAUGGCGAAGUGAAUACGACUCCAUGCUGCCAGAUGUGUAUGAAUGGCCAGAAUCUGCAGCAAGCCCUCCCCCGCUAUCGGAAUAGAAGCACCCACCCACACAUACUUCCCAUGCUUCAGGGAACCCCUUUUUUCAGACAAAAAUAUAAAGUUCUCAAGUUUGUGGGGUUUUACUGUGUUUUUAUUCUCCCCCACUGCUUUGCCCGACUUAUUUUUCCCCGUGAAAAUAACUUCAAGUUUUCUACACUUCUGGAUGGGGUAGAUGUGUUGAGCACAUUGUUUAUGCCCACCAGCACCCUGCCAUCAAACAAUCACAAUGCUUUCGUUCUGAUCUGUAGAUCACACCAUGUCAAAGAGAUGUUCAAAACGUAUUUGGAAAUGUCUUCACCUGUGCUCUUGUUCACACUCGCCGAAGUGUGUGUUCUUUACUAUUGUAGGUAAUAACCUUCACCUGGUCCUUUUUGGGCCACCAAAGGAUGAACUUCUGUGGCGAUGUGCAGAGAAUUUUGAGAAAAAGCCAAAUUUAACCAAAAUCUAAGGAUAGAUUGCCUAUCUAAAAUGUUCUUUUCUUUGCUCUUCAUGCUCUGAAAUUCCUUUCCAGUGUAAAGAGCCAGAGGAAUAUGAAAAAUCUACCCUAUUAUUUAUUUGUUAGACUAAAUUAAGGCCUAACUAUAACAUUGUGAGAGAGAGAUGGGAACUACUGCUGCCUUUAGACAAAUUUAAAAAUAG